AUGUCGUCCAUCGGAACGUCGAAGGGUAUCUUGGAGAUCGCCAAGUUCGGCGUCUACGUGACGGUCCCCAUCGUUCUCAUGUACGUCUUCGCCAACAAUUCCAAGAAUCUCCAGAAAUUCAGGGGCAAUGGGAUCCACUUCCAGCAGGAUUAG